AGAGCCAUCUGUAGUUACAUUGCUCACAAAUACAAAGACCAGGGAACAGAUCUACUUCAACAUGGCAAUCUUCAUGGUUUCGCAGAAGUAAUGGUUGGAUGUGAAGUAGAAUCUCAACAAUUCAACCCUGCAAUGGGACCUAUUUUCUUUCACACCUUCAUUGCUCCUAUGAGAGGUUGGGCACCAGAUCAGAAGGCCAUCGAUGAGAACGUCGUGAAAGUCGGGGCAGUCCUUGAUGUUUAUGAAAAGAUGCUUAGCAGCAGUACAUAUCUUGCAGGAGAUAGUUAUACACUAGCUGAUCUUAAUCACCUUCCUUAUAUUACCUAUAUUAUGAAGACUCCACAUGCUAAUUUGAUCAAUUCUAGGCCUCAUGUUAAGGCAUGGUGGGAAGCUGUUUCAUCUAGGCCAGAUUCACUAAAGGUUACCCAAGGAAUGACCUUGGGUAGCAAGUGAUCACUUGGUUCCGUAAAAUGUUUGUCACAAAACCUCUCUAGGGCGCAUUUGUGGUGUGAUGUACUCAAUUUUAAUAAGCGUACGGGGAAUGGAAUAUGCAAGUGUGUUAAAGUGGUCGUACCUAUAAUAAUGAAAUAGUAUUGUUGUCUCAAGCCAGUUAAUUCUAAAUUUAAU